AUGGGAUUCAGGUAUAAGACAUCACAAAGGAAAAUGUACAUGAAGGAGGAAACUUUAGAUGUUGUGUGUCGUCGUGUUAACGCUCUUCGAUCACUCAGGAAUCAUCAGGAGGAGGGGAGACAGAUGGUUUAUGUCAACGAGACGUGGUUUACUACCUGGAUGCACCACAGGAAAGAGUGGGUGGACACAACACAGCCUAACACCAGUGCCACCUUCAGCCGUCAAGUGCAUCCUGGAGAGGGUGAGCGCUUUGUGGUAGAAGCAGGUGGCACACAUGAGGGAUUCAUUGAUGAAUCAUUUCUGUGCUACCCUGCCAAGAACAAAACCAGAGACUACCAUGGUGAAAUGAACAGCUCCCUAUUCAUUCGCUGGCUGACAUCACAGCUUCUGCCAGUGCUCACUGAGCCAUCAGUGGUGGUCCUGGACAACAUACCCUACCACAGUCAGCUGACCAAGGAGACCCGUUGCCCCACCACUGGCACAAGAAAAGUGAAGAUCGUGAAAUGGCUGGAGUGCCACAGCCUACCAUUCCCACCACAUGCUACGUACUCUGAGCUGCUGCUGAUCUGCAAAGAGAACCGGCACGAACCACGCUACACGGUUGAUGAAAUUAUCCGAUCAUGGGGGCAUGAGGUCAUCCAGUUGCCACCUACUCAUCCAGAACUAAACGCCAUCAGAUAA